CCCGGCUAUGGCUCCUCGCUGCUGGCGCUGGUGGCAUUGGUCGGCGUGGCCUUGGACCCGGCCGUCUCCCUCCGGGAGCACCCCGAGUUGGAGCAAGGCAACUCUGGGGCGCUGUAGGAGUGCGGGGAGUCCUGCGAUCGUUAAGUGUUGCUCCCACCGGCCCUUCUCCACACGGCAGCAGGACCCCCAGAUCUGUGUGGUGGGCAGCGGUCCAGCUGGUUUCUACACAGCCCAAUACCUGCUCAAGCACCAUCCCCAGGCCCAGGUGGACAUUUAUGAGAAGCAGCUCGUGCCUUUCGGCCUUGUGCGCUUUGGUGUGGCACCUGACCACCCCGAGGUGAAGAAUGUCAUCCACAGCUUCACGCAGUUGGCCCGCUCUGAGCGCUGUGCCUUCCGUGGCAACGUGGCCGUGGGUAGGGACGUGUCGGUGCCUGAGCUGCAGGGCGCCUACCAUGCGGUGGUGCUGAGCUAUGGUGCCGAGGACCAUCGGACUCUGGGCAUCCCUGGCGAGCAGUUGCCCGGCGUGAUCUCUGCACGGGCCUUUGUGGGCUGGUACAACGGGCUUCCUGAGAAUCGGGAGCUGAAUCCUGACCUCAGCUGCGAAACAGCCGUGAUUCUGGGCCAGGGCAACGUGGCCCUGGAUGUGGCUCGAAUCCUUCUGUCUCCUCUCGAGCACCUGGAGAAAACAGACAUCACAGAGGCCUCCCUGGGGGCGCUGAGGAAGAGUCGGGUGAAGACGGUGUGGAUAGUGGGCCGCCGUGGACCCCUGCAAGUGGCCUUUACCAUUAAGGAACUCAGGGAGAUGAUCCAGUUACCCGGAACCCGGCCCAUUCUGGAUCCUGCAGAUUUCUUGGGUGUCCAGGACAGAAUCAAGGAUGCCCCACGCCCCAGGAAGCGCCUCACUGAGCUGCUGCUGAAGACGGUCACAGCCAAGGCCACGCCAGGACCUGCCACCUCCCAGGCCUCCCGGACCUGGGGCCUUCGCUUCUUCCGCAGCCCACAGCAGGUGCUGCCCAGCCCCGACGGGCUUCGAGCAGCGGGUAUUCGCCUGGCUGUCACCAGGCUGGAGGGAGAGGGAGAGACUGCCCGGGCCGUGGCCACUGAAGAAACCGAGGACCUCCCCUGUGGGCUGGUGUUGAGCAGUGUGGGGUACAAGAGCCUCCCCAUCGACCCCAGCGUGCCCUUUGACCUAAAGCGUGGGGUCAUCCCCAAUGUGGAUGGCCGAGUACCAGAUGUGCCUGGCAUCUACUGCAGCGGCUGGGUGAAAAGGGGACCCACAGGGGUCAUCACCUCUACCAUGACUGACAGUUUCCUCACGGGCCAGACGCUACUUGGGGACCUGAAAGCUGGGCAACUGCCAGGGAACCCCAAGCCAGGCUGGGCAGCCAUAGAGUCCUUGCUCCACAGCCGAGGGGUGCGGUCUGUCUCGUUCUCAGACUGGGAGAAACUGGACACCGAGGAGGUGAACAGGGGCCGAGCCUCUGGGAAGCCCAGGGAGAAGCUGCUGGACCCUCAGGAGAUGCUGCGGUUGCUGGGGCACUGAGCCCACUUCCAGAGGGGCAGGGACACAGCUGUGCACCCGCCCACCCUGGCAUCAACCAUAGCUGCCGCCUUCCGGGGGUUGGGGGAGCGCUCUGCACGCUGCCCACAUCCCUUGGCCGCCUUGCCUGUGCGGAAGCGAGGUCUGAGCCCCUGCCCCCUCCUGCUCGCCUAUGGGCGGCAAUAAAUGGUGGGUGCU